AUGUUGGGUCUUAGGUGUGGCGUCGGGCUGGCGGCUCUUGUGUUUGCGGCAGCCGUGCUGCAGGAGGCGGCGGCGGUGCGGUACACGGUGGGCAACAAUGGGCUCGGUGGCUGGACCAUUGAAGCCGGGAACUUUUCGAACUGGACUAUUGACAAGCAUUUCUACAGAGGAGAUUGGCUCUAUUUUGUGUCGAAUAGGAACCUAUACCAAGUGCUCGAGGUCAACAGCACCACGUACAAUACCUGCCGAUUUGACCAGCCGCUCGGAAACUUUACGGGUGGGGCCGGAAGGGAUGUGAUGGAACUCAACGAGACUCGGGAGUACUAUUUUAUCAGCAGCGAGUGGCAAUGUCUUGGGGGCAUGAAACUUAUGGUCCAUGUCGAGAACCCGCCACCUCCGCCUUCGAGCCAGCCCUCUGGAAGUGGGUCCCACUCGAGCCUCGUUUCGGAUUUCCGGGCCCGGGCUUUGGUUCCGGCCCUUUUCGCGGCCGCUGCUUUUUGGGACUCGGUGCUUCUACUCUUGUAG